AUGGAAUAUUCAGGAAAGUAUACAGGUGAUGUAGCUCCUUCUGCUGAAGAGAAAGCUGUGUUCUUUGCAACCACCAACAGUGGGUAUGGAGGUACAAAAGAUAACCCAAUGUUUGCACAAGAUGUGCCAGUAUUGCCUGAAUUAGGAGAAAGAGAUUUGGCGUUAAAGCAUACAACUAAAACUUUGAAACAUAAAAUUCUAACGGAAAUGAGGGAGCAAGGAGCUCUUGAUACUGAAAUAUAUUCAAGAAUUAAGAAAGAUAAAGCAGCUAUUAAAAAGCAAGAUAUUAUUCCAAAGAGUUUCCCUUCUAAAGCUGAGGGAUUGAAAUAUCCCGAGCAUGCAAUGAAAAAGACUAAUCCAUUAUACCAAACUUCGAAUAAUUCUUAUGGCACUAAAAAGCCAUCUGAGCUAGACUUACCUAAAAAGUACUUUCCCAAGGACAACAAGUUCACUGGUAUGUUCUUGGGAGGAAACUUCUCAGACACAGGUUUGAACACCUUCAAAACGCCUUCGAGAGUGCACAAAAAUUACGAUGCUUAG